GAGCGGGCGUGGAGGGUGCGCGCAAGGCCAGAGCGAGUCCGCGGGGCAGGCGGAGCUUGGGUCUUCCAGCGUCUGGCGAGACCGGCCCGGCCCGGGAAGGACGUUUUCCCAGAAGCCAAGUGAACUGGGCGGGGUGCGCGGGUCGGCGCUGGGUCGAUGCCCGCGUUUAGGGGCCGGGUCUGGCCGCCUCUCCAUCCCUGUCGGGUUAUCGGGGUGCAGACCCGCGCGUCCCCGCCGACCCCGCGGGACAACCACCUCGCUUAAUUCCCGUCCCUUUGGGCCGUCGCAUUCGUCCACCUGCCCGUCUUUCCCUGCGCAUAAUUCCACGAUGAGCAGAUACUGGGCGCGGGCGCACGGUGGAGCGCCGCAGGGACCCCCCACUUCCCCCCGCGCCCCCAGGAGCUGGGUCGGGGGCGGGACCAGGGCCUGGCGGGGCGUGCCCGAGGGGAGGGACUCCCGGGCUGGGUGCCCGGCGCUGUCCGUGGCGCUCAGCGCCCGCGGGGCGCGUGAGGCCCGCACGCCAUGGGGAACCGCAGCGCCGCGGACGCGGGCGGGCUGCUGGCGGGGCGCGGGCCGGGAGCGGGGCUGGCGGGGCCGGGUGCGGCGGCGCUGGUGGGGGGCGUGCUGCUCAUCGGCGCGGUGCUCGCGGGGAACUCGCUCGUGUGCGUGAGCGUGGCCACCGAGCGCGCCCUGCAGACGCCCACCAACUCCUUCAUCGUGAGCCUGGCGGCCGCCGACCUCCUGCUCGCGCUCCUGGUGCUGCCGCUGUUCGUCUACUCUGAGGUGCAGGGCGGCGCGUGGCUGCUGAGCCCUCGCCUGUGCGACGCUCUCAUGGCCAUGGACGUCAUGCUGUGCACCGCUUCCAUCUUCAACCUGUGCGCCAUCAGCGUGGACAGGUUCGUGGCCGUGGCCGUGCCGCUGAGCUACAACCGCCAGGGUGGGAGCCGCCGGCAGCUGCUGCUCAUCGGCGCCACGUGGCUGCUGUCCGCGGCGGUGGCGGCGCCGGUGCUGUGCGGCCUCAAUGACGUGCGCGGCCGCGACCCCGCCGUGUGCCGCCUGGAGGACCGCGACUACGUGGUCUACUCGUCUGUGUGCUCCUUCUUCCUGCCCUGCCCGCUCAUGCUGCUGCUCUACUGGGCCACGUUCCGCGGCCUGCGGCGCUGGGAGGUGACCCGUCGCGCCAAGCUGCACCGCCGCGCGCCACGCCGGCCCAGCUGCCCCCGCCCGCCUUACCCGGCGACCGGCCUCCCCGAGGACCCCUGCGGCCCCGACUGCGCGCCCCCCGCGCCCGGCCUCCACCAGGGCCCCUGCGGCCCGGACUGCGCGCCCCCCGCCCCCGGCCUCCCCCAGAACCCGCGUGGCCCCAUCUGUGCGCCCUACGACAACGUCCAGGCCACUGAGCUCCCACCCCAGACCCCGCCGCAGACCCGCAGGAGGAGGCGUGCCAAGAUCACCGGCCGGGAGCGCAAGGCCAUGAGGGUCCUGCCGGUGGUGGUCGGUGGGUUCCCAUUUUGGGGGACGGCGGGGGGAAAGGAGAGGAGUACAGGGCACAGAGGGCGGGGGGGCGCUGACGCGGCUCUCGGCGCCCCCAGGGGCCUUCCUGCUGUGCUGGACGCCCUUCUUCGUGGUGCACAUCACGCAGGCGCUGUGUCCCGCCUGCUCCGUGCCCCCACGGCUGGUCAGCGCCGUCACUUGGCUGGGCUACGUCAACAGCGCCCUGAACCCCGUCAUCUACACGGUCUUCAACGCCGAGUUCCGCAACGUCUUCCGCAAGGCCCUGCGUGCCUGCUGCUGAGCCGGGCACCGCCCCGCAGGCUGGGCGCCGCGCCCCAGGGACCAAGGAGAUGGGAGGGCGGCUUUGUACGUUAAUUAAACAAAUUCCUUCCCAAA